GACAGUAGAACUUAACUCUUCCGUGAACGAAGUCAGUUGGCUAAGUUGAGGUUUAUUUUUUGGACUGUGACGGUUAAACGUAUUUAUUUUUGUAUUUCAUGUGAUUAAAAUAUGUGGUAAAUUUAUCACUGUAAAGCAGUGGGUCUGGGUGAAUUUAAUUAAAUAAAGAAAUCGGUGUUGUGGUCGAUUGGGUUUUUCAAUGGCUUCUACGACGAAGCAGUCGAUCGGUUCUAACGGCCCCUUGGGUAAGCGAAAAAAGUCGAAGGGAAACAAGGGCUCAUAUUUAACGAAAUGGUUGGAUAAGACGUUACACCAUAUACAGGAUUCAACACCGAGUAUGGAAACAUACGAAUCUUACAUUCAUCCCAAUUUGAAUUGGCCCAUAGGCAGUUCUCAAUUUGCACCAGGUUAUGAUCCGUAUCGCUAUGUGUAUGGAUGCCCGGAGCCUUUGUCUUUACCUACAUUACCAACUUAUUAUAAUCCUGCAAUGUCGCCAUAUAGUCCCUAUAUUCAAAGUGUAAGUAAAAGUAUUCAAGUGCAAAGGCCGCGGGUUCGGCGACGGAACGAAAACAAAGCCGAGGAAGUGGUGAGCACCCCAAACAGUACAUUGAGUAAUACCAAUUAUUUGCAACCAAAGAAUUUCACUGAUAGUCAAGAUUUCACAAGCUUGCCACCUAUUGUUACGUCAGUAGCCGACACAAACUCAAAUAGUGAUAUGAAUACAAAUGAGAAGGGAGAUAUUUGUAAUACUAGAAGAUUCAGUGACCCUUGUGUACAGGGUCUUCCUGAUGUAGCAAGGCCAACAAACGGGGAAUUGGAAUCAGAAUCUGAAUCUGAGUCAACCAUUUCUGAUAAUCAGAUUGGCAGCCGACUGUUGACACAUCUCCUUGACCAAAUUAAAACAUUAAAAUUGGCAAAUGAAAGACUGAGUAAAGACUUAUUAGAUACUAGAGUGGAAUUAGAUAAUAUUCGACAACAAAAUAUGAUUCUUCAGAAAGGGCCGAAUACGAAUAGAGGAGCCGCAAGCCAUACGCCCUUGAUUGACAAUGGUAUUCUUGGCGGACAGUAUUCACCUGGCUUCCUGACUGACCUGGUGCGCGAGAUACGGGAAGCGGCGCGCAUCAGGGAAGAUGCAAUGUAUGCAAGAGUACGAGCAAUGGUCGGCGAAAGAGUAGAUAACAAUCUAGCAGCAUCAGAGGCGAGGUUCAGUGAAAAGGCUCUUGACGAAAUUAAAAAUGGUCUGCGAGCGUCGGAAGCUGAUAGGCGUACUAUUAUGGAUCGCAUCACCAAACUAGAAGACGAAUUUCGACUCCUCCGAGUAGCCAAUGGAUUGGACAAUAACGACAGUAAAACAACGAACGGAAGCACGGAAGACUCUGAAGCUGAACGCGUGCGCCUGCGCAAGGAACUGGCGGAGACGCGCCGCGCCAAGAUUUCCGCCGAGGAUCACGCUUACAAAUAACCUUCCAGGUUAGAACGACUAGUCACUCAGCUGCGUUCCAAAUUCAACGGCUUGCAAAUCACUAACGGCCCCGACUCGCUGCCGAGCGAUCCUGAACAAGAUGGCCGCCUGCGCAGGACCAGCGUCAACUCGUCGAACAACUCCACAGUUGUCUUUGGUCCGGUCACAGAUUUGUAGCGAACGGAUAUCCGCUAUCUGGCCUUGUCUAUGGCCGCCGACUUGCUCUGGACUGCGCUGUGUAAAGUGUUUUAGGAUUUUUUUUUAUUUGAAAUUUAAAAAGAAAUACUCAAAAAAUAGAAACUCAUCUAUUGUUUUUUAAUUAAUAACAAUCAGUGAUGAAAAUAAUUUUAAAUAUUAAAUAACUCAAGUGUGGCUCACGAUAAUGUUUUAUUAAGAAGAAAAUGGCACUGUGACUUUUGGAUUAUAUUUUUUGAUUGUUAAUUAAAUUAAAACCAAAAGUCGUAAAUUAUAGUUCACAUCAUUAUUUCAUAAAUAAUCAAAAAAACUAAACCCACUUCACAGGCACUAUUUUAAGAACUAAUUCAAAGGGUUGCAACAAAUAAAAAUUUACAUGUAAGUUCACUGAAAUAUAAAGACGGUUAAUAGUUAGGUAAUGUAAGUAAUACUUCUGACGGAAUCAAACUGUAAAUUUUAUGUUUAUUGGAAUCGUUAUAAAGCACGAUUAUAUAGUUUAUUUAAGUGCUUGUGUAAAUUCUUCACUUCUACUAACUACUCAUGUAUAUAAUAGUACUCAAACUUAAUUUGUUUCAUAACGAAUUUACAUCAUAAUUUAGUCAAUAAUUUAUGACAUUAGCUUUUAAAUAGCGUUAGUGAAAUUUUACACCAACAGCAAUAAUCGGUUCAUUACCUAUAUUUUCAUAUGUGUACAAUCGCCACAAAAAUACUUUGAGUAAACAAAUCAGUCACUAUUUCAAAUCAAUAAGAAAGUUCAUCUGACUGUUAUGAUUAUUUCUUGAACUAAAAUCUUUACUAUAUUUUGCAUUCAAAAUGCUAUACUGGAAAAUAUUCUAAGUAAAAAAUGCUAACAAAACCACUUUGUCCCUGGUACUCUGAGAUGGGAUUUCUUCGUUAACAUUAAAGAUCUAAGAAAUCCUAAGGAGACUUAUGAAUCGAAUUUUCUUUACACCUUACAUAUGAAUGACAGGUGACAGUGGAAUUCUGACGUUUCGGCGCGUAUUUAUGUGCGAUGGUUCAUUAUGUUUUCAUACAAAGAAUUCCUUUAUUUCACCUAAUUCUUCGCGUUCCGAUCUGAUUAAUUUGCGAGGCAAAAAUCACAAAUUGAUUUGCCUUACCUUUUUAUUAAUUUAUUAUUUGAAAACAUCUACUUCACACGUCACAACUUUUGUUUUAGUCUUAAUAUAACAUUAAUUUACAGGUGCUAACUGUUUUGCGACUUCAGAGUUUAAUUUUUACAAUAUAUAAACAAAAGAAACUGAAUUAUAUGUAGGUACUAAGUCAUACACAUCGAACCAAAGGUUCGUAGUGUUAACCAGUUUCAUAAGUAUAAACCAUAAAUACUGUUAUGCUUAUAAACUUAACUAAUUGUAUUUAAUGAUGUAUUUUUAUGUAAAAAAUAGUUUCAAGCUAGUAAAUCCACAUUAGUAUAUCCAAAACCAUUAGUUCACGAACGUCUGUUACUUAAUAUUUCUUCUUAAUUCUAACAUAUGAUCAUCAAAAAAGAUUCACCUGGAUUCUAGGAAAUUUGAUUGGAUGAAAUAUAUUAGAUCUCAAUCAUAUAAAUGCGUCAUGCUUGGUAGUGGAAAAAUAGAAUCUCAUAAUUUGGUAAUUUUCUAAUAAAUAAGCCCGUGAUAUAUUUUGAUACUGUUACAUACUUACAUAUUAUACCUAUAGUACCAUCAAUAUUUGCAGUUCCCAUAGUACAAUACAGUUUUUUCACGCCUAGAAAGAACAAUCGUGAAUAGUGAGCGAGGUAAAAAGCAUAUCUACCAAGUCUCCAUACAUUCGCUUGGGACACGUCCGCCAGGACUGGCAUAUUUAUUAAGCGUGUGUUUAGUUACUUUUGUUGUAAUAAUGCUCCAUACUUUAUCGUCCUGUGUGAGACUUACAUUUGUUAUUACAUUAUACUCCCACAUACGCGUACCCACAAUAAUUGGAAUGCACUAAAUAAUUGAUAUUGUCACCGUGUGGGAUUUAGCGCAACUUGAAGAAGAUCAACCGUCGACGUGUUUUUAAGCUUUGAUAGUAGAUACUAUUUGUACGCGAAUGUACAUACACGUCAAAGCGUCUUGUUUAUUAAACGGGUUAUAUUGACAUUUGCAAUUUUCGACCAAUUCGCUUUUGACACCUCAGGGGAUUGUGUUUUCUUCACAAAUAUUUGUUUAUACUUUGGUAUAUUUUAAACAUUUUUGUCUUCUAAGUAGCUUGAUAUGGUUUGAGAUGAGAUCAGCUGUGAGAUUUUCUGGGUUAUUUAUUUUAUUUAAUUAAAGAUGUAUUACAAUCAACUAUACGUCAAACUAAUCAAAACUUUAAAAUUUCCCUACGCAAUCUCAAAAACCGACAGUUCUUGUUAUAGUAAAAUCGACAGUUGCAUACAAAAUUCAUGAGCACCUCUGUCAGUAAACAAUAGGAAGCUUUAAGUAAGUGUAUUUCUAAAUGUAUAUUAAUUUUGGCGAUUCAAUUCAGUACACACAGAACAAAUAUGUCGAAUAAUUAGUAGUAUACGAUUAUUUAUUUAUAGACUAAAAUGUAAAUUCGAUUGAUAUUUUAAAAUUUAUGUUUGCUGUGUUUUAUAUUUAUGUGAGUUAAGUAAUAUUUUAUCAUAUUGGUAUUUUGGAGGUCAGGGAUCUACACAUUUCAAUAAAUGUUAUUGUUUUAGUUUUUUUAUUUUUUAUUCAUAUAUUAAAAAUUUCAAGCAACACCAUUAGUAAUUAAAUCAUUUCAAGUUUGUCAAGUAACAUUGAACACAUGCACAAUUAUUCAUUUGCAUUUUAUAGCACGCCAUCUUUUUUAUCGCCUAAAAUCUUAGACUAGAAAUAGAGAAGUCGUGUCUCACAUCUCCGUUCCUGCUACCUUAAACCGAAUUUACAUUACGAAAGUUACUAGGUGCAUGAAACUAGUUUCAUUGUAUUAAUUGCUAGAAAUUGCACGUGUAAACGUUCACUUUCACAGUGCAAGCUUUAGUUUCACGAGAAUAAAGUAGUUUGGUGUGAUGCGCAUAUUUUUGAUGAAACUAGUUUUAAGCAACUAAUUUCACCUCAACUUAAAUUACAAAACUAAUAUCGUGACAUAAUCUACACGUAGUAAAACUUCGAUGUUGUUAACCGUGAAUGCACACCGUUACGAGAGUAGUUUCACAUGUCCCGAAAUUAGUUUCAUGAUGUAAAUUCGGGUAAAAGUUUGAUACUUUAAAUUAUAAAGCUACGAACAAAUAAUAAGAUAACAUGUGAUUAUAUUUUGUUUCUCUAAUUAUUGGUCAAUAAAACCAUUUUUUAUGAUUGCUUUAUAUCAAAUAAGUUUGAAUCCUGUUUUUAUUUAUGUUCCAUUAUAACUGUACUAAUCACCCACCUCACCUUAGGAUAGACUGAUUUAAUUUAUUUCACUAACGUUUAAGUUGCAUACCAAAAGAUAACUAAUAUUUAUUACACCGUAAAACAAGAAUAAAAAAUGUAAUAAUUUAUGUACCUAAAUAAAUGCAAAUUGCUG